AACGGCUCUCCCACUCACUAUAAAAACCCCAAAUUCCCAAUUUCCAAACCCUAAAAUCCCCAAAAUUCGAACGUUGGAGACAUUUUCACGAUUUUCCUGUCCAUCGCGAUCCAGAUGUCGUCUUGCACCGUCGCAAUUUCGAGCUCGCCGGUAUUUACUCCGGCGACGGCUUCAAUUUGCUCGCCAAAGUCGUCUUCCCCGCGACUAAUUCGCCUGCACAAGGCGAGCGGACUCGUCACGUGCUUGACCGGAGGAGACUCAUCCCCCGUCCUGAAGAGGAAGAGGCCGCCGAGGCUGGAUAUUCCGGCGUUCUUUGUGGAGGAGGCGGCGGCGGCGGUAGCGGCGGAUCCGCCGCCGGUUGAGGCGGUGGAGAUGGAGGGAGAUGGCUAUGCCGUGUGCUGUAAGAGAGGGAGGAGAGGCGAGAUGGAAGAUCGAUACUCUGCUGCCGUAGGGCUUCAAGGCGAUUCCGACCAGGCAUUGUUUGGAGUUUUCGACGGGCACGGAGGCUCGAAAGCUGCCGAAUUUGCGGCGCGGAAUUUGGACAAGAACAUCAUCACCGAACUGGGGAGAAGAGGCGGCGGCGACGACGACGAUGACGCGGAACAAGCUGUGAAGAAUGGUUAUUUCAAAACCGAUUCGGAGUUUCUGAAAACGGAUUGUCCGGGCGGGUCGUGCGCUGUGACGGCGCUGAUCAGGAACGGUAAUCUAGUAGUGGCCAAUGCGGGUGACUGUCGAGCAGUCUGCAGCAGAGGUGGGGUUGCCGAGGCAUUGACGUCGGAUCACUGCCCGUCUCGGGACGACGAGAGGCACAGAAUCGAAGCUCUGGGCGGUUUUGUGGAAUGCCGUAACGGUGUUUGGAGAGUUUUGGGGUCGUUGGCGGUGUCUCGAAGCAUUGGAGAUGAGUACCUGAAACAAUGGGUGACGGCCGAGCCGGAGAGUCGGGUUGUCCGGCUCGGACCCGAGCACGAGUUUCUUGUCAUGGCUUCCGAUGGUUUAUGGGAUAAGGUAAGCAAUCAAGAAGCUAUAGAUAUUGCGCGGCCGAUGUGCGUAAAUGUGGAUCGACCUCGGCCGGUGGCGGCGUGCCGGAAGCUUGUGGAUGUUUCUGUGUCGAGAGGGUCGAGAGAUGACAUGACUGUCAUGCUUAUUCAAUUAGGAAGAUUUUGCUAACUCUGCUGCUAAUUACAUAUAUAUACACAUACAUACUACUGAUUUGUUCGACAUUCUUUUCAAUGAUUAUUAACAUUUUAUUUGGAUAUAUAUAAACAUUUGAUUAUUUUCAUGUAUAUUGAUGAAUGUUAGAAAUUACGAUCACAUGAAAGUAAUACU